UCAGUGACAGCGUAGUCAGGAAAGCGUACACAGCCGAUAUUUCUCAUUUCUUAUCGGUUGUUUGGGUCGUCGUAACAAGUUGCAACUGAAACAUUUAAAAUAUCGUCUCGCAAUGAUAAUAAUUUAGUUAUGUGCUCGACUCAAUAGGCGUCUUGUUGCUUUAUUAUUAGUAGAAUGGUCAGUUUAUCAAGAAGUAUGAACACAAACGCUGGAGGUGCAACAUUCUUUAGUGAAUCAACAAAUAUGGAUGAUGAUUAUUUGCAACCAAUUUUGGAGUCAUAUGGCCGGUUUAAACCACUUAGGACAAUUCCAUCAUUUAGUUUUCACCUGCUUGGUGCAUUGGCAAUAGAAAUUGCUGCAAUUGUCAUUGCCAUUAAGCAUCCUGAUGAGAAGACAAAGUGUACAGAAUAUUUUAUACUUAUCUAUGCACAUGUUGCAUUUUGGUUCUUUACAUUGAUAUUGGACCAAAUUGUGAGAUUGAAACAUUAUGCUCUAAGAAUGAAUGGAUAUUUAGACUUUUACAAGAAAACACAAGUUCAUCAUAGAUUGCCUCUGUAUAUAGUAAGUUUGUGGAAUGCAGGCAUUCUAUUACUGCAAGCGCUCAUGCAGCAUUACUAUGAAGAUGGUUUUGCUGAGAAAUGUAUCAAAGCUGGGGUACUUUCACCUGUUAGUUACUUCUUAGCUUUGAUGACAGUAGAAAUAUGUGUGAUAUUUGGUGUUAACAUUGAUUACAUUGUAAAAGUGAGGAGAUUCAACAAGCAACAAUCACCACCUGAUGUACAAAAAGAAGAAUGGAAUGCAUGUUCAAAUGAGAACAGUUUUGUUCAAAAUGAAGUUGGUGUACGACAAAUGGGCGACAAAGCUUUUGACUUCAUAGAGAAACAAGCAGACAUGAUCCGUCAUCUGAAGGACCACAAUGCAAGACUUGGCGAGAAACUAAUGGUUUUAAACGCACAAUUACAAGCUAGGAAUACAACAUAAAGAACGUAUAUUUACAAAGAUGUUAGUCAUAUCACAUGCCAAUAAACUGAUAAUAGAACUAUUUUGGGAAGUUUCUUCCUCCAGAUUUGAUAUAAGAUAGUUAUAAAUUUGUAUAACUGACAAUCGCAAUAUACGUCUAUGAACAUAUACUACUAAUUGAAAUAACUUAUAGCUUGCUGCUUAUAUUACGUUACAAUAAGAGAGAUAAUUAUUUAAAUUUGUAUAAAUAUAAUAAGAUUUUUGUUUAUUUGCUUGAAUGGAUAUAAUAUAUAAAGAUAUUAGAGUGA